AAAUACAAAGUACGAAUCAGGUCAAGUCUUCAUCCACAGCUCUCUAUUUCUCUCUCUCUGUUUCCAUCUCUCAAUUAUUAUUAGUUCCUUUUUCAAUCUUCUUAAGCUUCGCAGAUUGAUCCUAAACCUCUCAUUUCGAUCCAAAUCCAUCCUCCAAUUCCCCCCAAAUCAGCUUCACUUUUCGAUUUUGGCACCAGUUUCAGAGGCCUAAUUGGCAAACGAGUCCUCCUCCGAAUCCUCCACCAAAAGCUGGUCAGGUAUGAUGCAUCAAGCUUGGAGCUUCAUUUGGGAGAUUGAGAAAUUAGCUGGGAACAAGUUUUCGAAAUCUUUUCGAUCAAUCGCAAAUUUAUGCUGAUCAGCAUAGUCAGCAGGCUGAAUUUCCAAGGUUGUAGAAUUUAUAUCUGAAGUGUCGUCAAUGGCUGAGCAACGAAAAGGUAAUGUCAAACCUGCGAAUGGGAAGCCAUCAGGAACCGCAACAGCAGCGGCCAGUGCAUAUUCCAUUGAUCUCAAUAACUUCAGCAAGCGGUUAAAGAUGUUAUAUUCACAUUGGAGGGAACAUCGUAGUGAUCUAUGGGGUGAAUCUGAUGCACUUGCAAUAGCAACUCCUCCAACUUCUGAGGAUCUGCGGUAUCUGAAAUCCUCAGCAAUGAAUAUCUGGUUGCUUGGUUAUGAGUUCCCAGAAACUAUCAUGGUUUUUGCAAAGAAGCAGAUCCAUGUUUUGUGUAGCCAGAAAAAGGCCUCUCUCCUUGAUGCUGUGAUAAAGCCUGCAAAAGAGGCUGUUGGUGUUGAAGUGGUUAUGCAUGUAAAACUCAAAGGCCAGGAUGGAACUGGACUGAUGGAUAGCAUAUUCCGAGCUGUAAAUCCCCACUCGAGCUCCGAUGCUCCUGUUGUCGGACACAUAGCAAGAGAGGCUCCUGAAGGGAAACUUUUGGAGACUUGGAGUGAGAAGUUGAAGAAUGCUAAUUUUGAGUUGAGUGAUGUGACCAAUGGGUUCUCGGACUUGUUUUCCGUCAAAGACCCCGUUGAGCUUACAUAUGUGAAGAAAGCGGCAUACUUGACUUCAUCAGUGAUGAAGACUUUUGUGGUACCUAAGCUUGAGAAGGUCAUUGAUGAGGAAAAGAAAAUUUCCCAUUCUUCAUUGAUGGAUGACACGGAAAAGGUCAUAUUGGAGCCUGCAAGAAUUAAGGUGAAGCUGACGGCAGCAAAUGUUGAUAUUUGCUAUCCUCCAAUUUUUCAGAGUGGAGGGCAAUUUGAUCUGAAGCCAAGUGCUUCAAGCAAUGAUGAGAACCUUUGUUAUGACUCUACUAGUGUGAUUAUAUGUGCUGUCGGAUCAAGGUACAAAAGCUACUGCUCCAAUAUUGCUCGAACAUAUCUGAUUGAUGCAAAUUCUACGCAGAGCAAGGCUUAUGAGGUUCUGCUUAAAGCUCAAGAAGCUGCAAUCAGUAAUUUAAAAUCUGGGAAGAAGUUAAGUGCUGCAUACCAAGCUGCACUCUCAGUAGUUGAAAAGGAGGCUCCAGAGCUGGCUGGAAACUUGACUAAAACAGCUGGAACUGGAAUUGGCCUUGAGUUUCGUGAGUCGGGGCUUAAUCUUAAUGCUAAGAAUGACCGAAUUUUGAGACCAGGGAUGGUUUUCAACGUUUCUCUGGGUUUCCAGAACGUGCAGGCACAGACAAAAGACCCUAAGACCCAGAUAUUUUCACUGUUAAUAGCAGAUACAGUUAUUGUUGGUAAGGAGACCCCUGAAGUUUUGACUAAUUCAAGCAAAGCUGUUAAGGAUGUGGCGUACUCAUUCAAUGAUGAUGAUGAAGAAGAAGAGCAGGCAAAACCUAGAUCCAGUAGUAAAGGUGCCGGGAGUGCGAUGAGUAAGGCCACACUUAGAUCAGACAACCAUGAAAUGUCGAAAGAAGAGCUACGAAGGCAGCACCAAGCCGAACUUGCCCGCCAAAAGAAUGAAGAAACUGCUAGAAGGCUUGCUGGUGGGGGUUCUGCAGCUAACGACAAUCGUGGUGCUGGGAAGACAGUUGGUGAUCUGAUUGCAUAUAAGAAUGUCAAUGAUCUGCCUGCUCCAAAAGAGUUGAUGAUUCAGGUUGACCAGAGGAAUGAAGCUAUCCUCUUGCCGGUUUAUGGAAACAUGAUUCCUUUUCACAUAGCCACUGUGAAGAGUGUUUCCAGCCAGCAGGAUACUAACCGGAAUUGCUACAUCCGUAUAAUCUUUAAUGUACCUGGUACUCCAUUUAGCCCCCAUGAUGCAAACACCCUGAAGUUUCAAGGGUCAAUUUUUUUAAAGGAAGUUUCAUUCCGUUCCAAGGACCCGAGGCAUAUAAGUGAAGUAGUACAGCAAAUUAAAACUCUUCGCAGGCAGGUUGCCUCAAGGGAAUCUGAAAAAGCUGAAAGGGCAACUUUAGUUACGCAGGAGAAGCUGCAAAUUUCAGGAGCCAAAUUCAAGCCAAAAAGAUUGCCAGAUCUAUGGAUUCGCCCCGUUUUUGGGGGACGUGGAAGAAAGCUCACUGGAUCACUGGAAGCCCACGCGAAUGGAUUCCGGUAUUCGACUUCAAGGUCUGAAGAACGUGUCGAUGUUAUGUUUAGCAAUAUCAAACAUGCAUUUUUCCAGCCAGCUGAGAAGGAAAUGAUUACCCUGCUGCACUUUCAUCUGCACGAUCAUAUUAUGGUAGGAAACAAAAAGACAAAGGACGUGCAAUUUUAUGCGGAGGUGAUGGAUGUAGUGCAGACACUGGGAGGUGGAAGAAGGUCAAACUAUGAUCCUGAUGAGAUCGAGGAAGAGCAACGUGAAAGGGAACGAAAGAACAAAAUUAAUAUGGAGUUCCAGAACUUUGUGAACCGAGUAAAUGAUUCGUGGGGGCAACCUCCAUUCAAAUCACUUGAUCUUGAGUUUGAUCAGCCCCUUAGAGAGCUUGGCUUCCAUGGAGUACCUCAUAAAGCGUCAGCUUACAUUGUCCCAACUUCAAGCUGUCUGGUUGAGCUAGAGACACCGUUUGUGGUAAUUACUCUGAGCGAGAUUGAAAUAGUAAACCUUGAGAGAGUUGGUCUAGGGCAAAAGAACUUUGAUCUGACUAUUGUUUUCAAGGACUUCAAGCGAGAUGUCUUCCGAAUUGAUUCUAUUCCCUCGACAUCUCUAGAUGGAAUUAAGGAGUGGUUAGACACCACUGAUCUCAAGUAUUAUGAGAGUAGGUUGAAUCUCAACUGGCGUCCUAUCCUCAAAACCAUUACUGACGACCCCGAGAAGUUCAUAGAGGAUGGUGGAUGGGAAUUUUUGAACAUGGAUAUUAGUGAUUCGGAUUCCGACAAUUCUCAGGAGUCUGACCAUGGGUAUGUGCCUUCAGAUGUACAGUCGGAUUCAGGUUCAGAUGAGGAGGAUGAUGACAGCGAGUCAUUGGUGGAGUCGGAAGAUGAUGAGGAAGAAGAAUCCGGAGAAGACUCAGAAGAGGCUGAAGGAAAGACAUGGGAAGAGCUGGAGAGGGAAGCAAGCCACGCGGACAGGGAAAAAGGGAAUGGGUCGGACAGUGAAGAGGAGAGGGCAAGAAGGAAGGUUAAGGCUUUUGGAAAGGCUCGAGUUCCCGACAAGAGGAACAUUGGUGGCAGCCUGCCCAAGAGGCCCAAAUUUAGGUGACAUUGUUUUUGUCUUCAGUUUUUUUUUUUUUUUUUUUUUUUUUCUUGAGUUUUGCAGCAGCAUUGGAUUUGAGUUGUGUGUGUUAUUUUGAAGAUGUUAAAGAGUUACCAAAAGGGUAAAAGUAAGUUUAAGUUUUUGUUGAAUCUUCGUUCUUUCUGUGUGUUAAAACAAACUUUUUUCUUGUAAGAUUAGUAAAAAAAAGGAUUAAAGGGCAUUA